CACUAUACAAGUUAAAGCUUAGAUUAAAUAAAGAUAAUGGGGCUUAUAGAUAUCUUCAUUGCUUCAUCCAUGCCGGUGUUGAAAGUUUUAUUAAUCACAGCACUUGGUUCAUUUCUUGCUUUAGAUAGUAUUAAUAUAUUGGGAACAGAUGCAAGGAAGCACUUAAAUAUUUUAGCGUUUUACGUAUUAAAUCCAGCCCUGAUAGCAGACAAUCUAGCCAGCACAAUUACAUACAAUAGUAUGGUGAAACUGUGGUUCAUGCCAAUAAACAUACUUAUCACAUUUGUGAUUGGUUCAAUUCUUGGAUUGUUGGUUAUUCACCUAAGCAGAGCACCUCAGCAUCUGAGGGGUAUUAUUAUUGGUUGCACUGCUGCAGGCAAUUUAGGGAACUUGCUUUUGAUUAUAGUCCCAGCAGUGUGUCAAGAAAAAGGAAGCCCGUUUGGGGAUCCUCAUACUUGUAGCACCUAUGGAAUAGCUUAUGCUUCCCUCUCACUUGCGAUGGGAAACGUAUAUUUGUGGACCUAUGUAUAUAACAUAGUCAGGGUCUCUACAAGAGGAACAAGCAAUUGCAAUAAUGCUGCAAGCGACCACAACGAUUCUCCAAGAAAGUACUCAGAACCAGAGCUCCUUAGUUGUUCAGAACCUUUACUUGUAUCCAACAAGAAUGUUAAGGAUCAAUAUGUUCUCCUACCCUGCACUACCUCUGAAGCAAAACAUGAGGUGGCAGGUACAGAUAACAUGUCAAACCGUCUGCAAUUAUUCCUUAGAAAGGCCAGUCUGAAGGAAGCAUUUGCACCAUCCACCAUUGGAGCGAUUGUUGGGUUUAUAGUUGGAUUGGUCCCCCAAAUGCAAAAGGCUUUGAUUGGCAAUGAAGCUCCACUACAUGUGAUUCAGGACUCAACAUCCUUCUUAGGAGAUGCAGCGAUUCCUUCUCUCACUUUGAUAGUUGGGGGAAAUCUCCUUAAAGGUUUGAAAGGAUCAGAAAUUGAUAAAAGUAUCAUUAUAGGCAUCAUCAUUUCAAGAUAUAUAAUCCUUCCUGUGUCUGGAAUCUUCAUUAUUAAAUGGGCAGCUCAACUAGGCAUGGUGCAGUUAGAUCCAUUGUAUCAGUUUGUUCUUCUGAUCCAGUAUGCAGUUCCACCAUCCAUGAAUAUAGGAGCUAUCACUCAAUUGUUUGGGAUAGGAGAGAAAGAGUGUUCUGUCAUCCUACUGUGGUCUUACCUUGUGGCUUCAAUCUCUCUAACCUUUUGGUCAACGUAUUUCAUGUGGCUUGUAUCAUAAGUCUUUUGAACCUAGGGAUAUGUUGCUAGUAGGAAUUUUGGAGGGAGAUGAAAAGGAAGGGUCCAAAGUAAGAAAGGCUACACUUUAUACUUCACGCCU